AGCUGAUUGGGUACCUACAUGUAAUUUACAGGUAGCCUCGGCCUCGACCUAUUGAAUAACUACAGGCAGGCACUGUCGCAGAUCUUCUUAUUAGGUAGGAUAUAGCGAGGCGCCUUUACUUUGAGGAUACUAAACUUUAUCAUGGUCGUGGAACUUCAAUGGUCUAACCCAUCCUCAUCCUCAUCCACAUGACAAUACUCCACCUUACUACAAUCCUUAUUACAUACUGCAUACACAUAUUUACAGGAUCCCCGAGUAUUUGUGUACGGUAUUUGUACCUGGCGUUCCAUAGACGUAGCUGGUUUAUUUGACAUUGAAUUUCGGCCAACAAUAUUUGUGCUACCUUAGGUACCUUAGGUACUUAAGAGAAAAGGGGGAGACAGGCAACCAUGGCGAAUUCGGUAACACCAGUUACCAUCCAAGGGCGGUACUUUUGGAAAGGUAACCUGCGGUUCAUUAUGAACGGCGUCGUAUACAAGAGCUAUGGGCUAUGCGCGGAUAUGCUGGCCGAUGACCGCAUAGAGGACCUCGAACAUGCUAUUCCACUGUUAAGACGACUCGGGAUUAACACAUUAUUCAUCUGUCAUAUCGAUGAAACCAAAAGCCAUAAAGCUUGCAUGAACCUAUUAGCUGAGCAUGAGAUAUAUGUUCUAGUUUCUAUCGAAUCGAUUCCCCCCACCGUUUAUCAUAAUACGCCUAUGAUGUCGUACACAUCAAACUCCAUGCAACGCUUCUUCCAGGCCGUUGAAAAUCUAGCGAGCUACCCAAAUCUACUGGGUUUCGCCAUCCCCGACGACUUGAUCAAAGAUCUAGAACCAGUAGUUGCUGCACCUGUCAUCCGCGCCAUAGUGCGUGAUAUUAGACGGUAUCUCAGCCUUCUCGCCGUCAAGAAACAUCAAAGGGUUGUUCCAGUCGGUAUAGUCGCAUUGGGCAUGAGAAUCCCGCUGAGAGAACAAUUCGAAUACUGUUGUUCGGGAGAUGAUAACGAAACAGUCGAUUUCUUUGUCUUUGACUACGUCUACUUUAGUCCUAAAAUGACGAUGCAGACAUCUACAGACCCAGAGCCACUCAAUAUGUUCUCUAACACGCAUAUACCAGUAUCAUUCAUAUAUGGCUGCAACCAUUUGAUGCCGCGUCGGUUCCUUGAGACCCGCACGAUUUACUUGCACCCGGGCAUGAGACGCGUGUUCUCAGGUGGUAUCGUGUUCCAGUUCUUCGACGGGCCAAGCAAGGACGGCCUCGUGGCGUUGACUCAACGAAAUAACGACAGGCUACGUUACGAAGAGACGAUAAACUACCGGAAUCUGCGCGAUAGCGUGCACAAGGCUUUUCUACCGCUACCAGCUUCAAUAAUGGCUCGCUCCCGCUUCGUUGAAGCGGCGGCUAUGUCAGGAACGAAGCCUGAACGGCCUGAUCCCAUUAUGAAUUUUCUGGCAAUAAGACAGGUGCCUGCUAGCCCGGUGAACUGGACAGAGGCCGAGGCGCACAUUAUCGACGACAGCGAGUGGGUCGACGCGGGUAAGGAGUGGCUGGACCUGUCUGUUGAAGAUCUCGCAGCCUCAAUAUGGGAUAAGUUAAACAUCGAUGAAGCAGAUGCCUAGAUGAACGAUUACGCUCCGAAGAUUAAGUUGAGGAAGUUCUGGAGUAUAGCGUUUUAUCGGCGUUGGUUUUUAUGUAAAGCAGUAUCUCUUAACUGCAGCGUUUGAAGAUAGCAAAUCAAAAUCAUACGUUUUAAGUUAACUAACUAGUGAUAAUUGUAAGUAGAAGUAAAAUGACAAGAAUUAUUGAUGACAAUU